AUGGCAGCAGCAGUGCGCAGUAUGGCGCUUGGUCAGAACAUUCACAACAUCAUGUCCGGAAACUGUGGAUUGCCUCUCGGUGCUCAGAAGCCACUCGUUGCAGCACAACUCGCCGGAACCGGCAGUUUGCUUGGCAAAAGGCCACUUGCACAGGCACCGAACGUUUUAGGCCAUCGUGGCCCCAAAGUAAUGGUCGGCCCAGCUACCGGUCAAGUGGUGAGCAGCAGCAGCGCUAAGAAGUACGCCUAUUGUGGUCUACCAUACGCAACACCUCAACAAUCAGCCUCAGUGCAGCGACGUAAUGCGCGUGAGCGUAAUCGCGUUAAGCAGGUGAAUAAUGGCUUUGCCAACCUGCGCCAGCACAUCCCAUCAACCGUGGUGACUGCACUGACGAACGGGACACGUGGUGCCAACAAGAAGCUCAGCAAGGUGGACACACUUCGCCUGGCUGUGGAGUACAUUCGGAGUCUGCAGCGCAUGCUAGAUGAGAACGGUGGUGAGCUGGGACCUGUGAGCAAGCAGCAACAACAGCAGCAAGUCGUUGCUGGUGGUACCAAUCAACUAUCUGCCGUAUCAGUCUGUUCAGCUUCAUCUGGAGGUUCUACGUACUACGGAACGAUGUCUGAGCCUUCGAACGCAUCCUCACCAACUCCAUCACACCUCUCGGAUCACUCCUCGCACGGAGGUCCUGCAGGUGGUUGCUACGGACCCAUUUCGGGUGGGUUCAAGCACGAACCCUACGACAUUUAUGUCGACCCAUCGAGCUCUCCAACACCUUCGUUCGGUUCAGAUCACGGUAUUGGCAGUGUGGCUUCCUCCGUACACCUGCAUGCGACAACCGUCCUUCCUGGACACACGUCCGAUAACAACAACUACAUCCUAGCGCAGCAACACGCCCCUCAACAACACGCCCCCCAACAACACGCUCCUCAGCCACAGCAGCAGUACCACGGCCACACCUCACACCACGUGCAGUUCAAGACCGAGAUGUACGAAGAUUCGCCUUACGACGAAGAGCUCAGCCCACAGAAUCCCGACGAUGAGGAGCUGUUGGAUGCCAUCUCGUGGUGGCAACAGCAGUAA